AUGCUGGAAAAUACCAUUUAUAAAGAUAUCACCGAAGAGGUGAAUAAGACCAACGAUUAUGCUCGGUUAGUUCCUGGUCAAACAAUCGUUGAAGUACCAUCAUAUGAAUUGGAAUGCGGUGAAACUUUAAAUAACUUCCCUGUAGCUUACAAAUAUUGGGGGAGAUUGAAUAAAGAUAAGGAUAAUGUAUUGGUAAUUUGCCAUGCGUUAACAGGGUCUUCAGAUGUUCAAGAUUGGUGGGGCCCUUUAUUGGGAACAGGGAAAACUUUUGAUCCUUCUAGAUUCUUCAUUAUAUGUGUGAAUUUCUUGGGAUCUCCUUAUGGAUCAUGUUCUCCGUUAUCAAUCGAUAAGUCCACAGGUAAACCCUAUGGACCUUCAUUCCCAUUGGUGACAGUAAAAGAUGAUAUAGGUAUACAAAAAUUGAUUCUUGACUCAUUGGGAGUUAAAGGCAUAGCUUCAGUCAUCGGGGGUUCAAUGGGUGGAAUGUUGGCAAUGGAAUAUUCUGCUACCUAUAAUAAUACUGGUUAUGUGAAAUCCAUUGUAGCUAUUGCUACAGCAGCCAGAGCGUCAGCUUGGUGUAUUUCAUGGAAUGAAGCACAAAGACAAUGUAUCUUUAGUGAUCCCAACUAUAAUGAUGGUUACUAUUUUGAAAGUUCAACCGGAGAGAAACCAAAUUCUGGUUUAAGUGCUGCAAGAAUGUCAGCUUUAUUAACUUAUAGAUCAAGAAAUUCUUUCGAAACAAGAUUUGGAAGAAAAUUACCGGGAACUUUAAAAUCUGAAACUCAAGAAGCAGAAAAAAUUUACCCAACAACCAAAGAUGAAGAAAAUUGGUUAUUACAUAAUGAAGGAGCCAAAAAUUCUUCUAUGUCCCAUGCAUCCCAUUCAUCUAAUUCGUCUAAACCUCAAACCUACUUCACUGCUCAAUCUUACUUAAGAUAUCAAGGAAACAAAUUUGUGAAAAGAUUUGAUGCCAAUUGUUAUAUAUCGAUCACUAGGAAAUUAGAUACUCAUGAUAUAGCAAGAGGAAGAAUAGCUGAAACUUCAGAAGAUCCAUUACCAGGAAUUUUAACCAGUUUAAAGUCACCUCAUUUGAUCAUUGGAAUUCAAUCUGAUGGUUUGUUCACUUUCAGUGAACAACAAUUACUUGAUAAAUAUUUAUCAGAAAGUGAUUUGAAAAGAUUGGAUUCUCAAGAAGGUCAUGAUGCAUUCUUAUUAGAUUUUGAAAUUGUGGAUAACUAUUGUCAAGAGUUCUUGAAAUCUAAAAUACCCGAAUUCUUCGAUGAUUCAGGUAAGAUCGAAUUGUUCGAUAACUGGAAAGACUUUGUCAAAGAUGUUGAUAACGGAGGUAAUUCAGUGUUCGGAGAAGCAGAGAAAAAUAUCACCAAUUGGUAA